AUGCAGCAUCCCACGAGUCAUGCUGGUGAGACGAAGGACUACCCGACCGUGGAAAUAGUGCAAGAUGCAAGCCACCACCCGGAGGCCCAGGCAGGUGACUCCCCACAUGGACAGACACUGAAGCUCUCCGAGCAUCUAUCUCCCUCUAUGUUCGGGCCGCCACCAGGACUUGAGAAUGCAUCUUUGCCCACCCUCCUGUCUGGCAAAUCAAAGUCGAGGCGAGCCAGAAGGGAAUCAGAUCCAAAGGUACCCAAAGUGGACUGUGCUAUCUGCACAAAGGAGGGUACACAGGCACUUUGUGCCCAGCUUGCGGGUCUUCAAGCACCGUACCUCUCCAACUUCCGCUCGGAGUUGGUGUUGUCCUUGUUACCAGACUUGCCAAGCCUUGCGUGUGAUCCACACGCCUCGCAAGUGAUCCUGCAGCUCAUCACUCUUGAUGACGAUUUGAGCCUGGAGCUCUGCAAGAAAAUCGUCCGACGUCUUCGCGGUUCUCUUCUGAAGCUGACCAAGGACAAGCAUGGCUGCUGGAUUGUACAGCAAGCACUCCAGUGCGUACCAGCAGAACUCCAUCCUCUGCUAGCUUUCGAGUUACGAGGCAAAGUCUUGGCCUGCAGUCAGCAUUUGCAUGGCAAUUUCGUUCUACAAAAAUGUGUCGAGUUGUUAAGUCACGGUGAUGUGGGCUUCAUCGUGGAGGAGCUGAAGAAUCACGCAGUAGAUGCUGCAUCACAUAUCUACUCGUGCCGUGUCUUGCAGCGGAUCAUUGAGCACUGCCCGCACGACAGUCCGGGUAUGGCCGAGCUCUUGAAUAACCUUCUCACCAGCAACCAACUCCAGAAGCUGGCAACGGAUCCCUACGGCAAUAAUGUUCUUCGUGCAGUCCUUGCACGAGGAAGGCCGACACAUCUACAGCAGAUUGCGAGGCUUUUCGUUGAUGACUGCAACAUCCUGGCAUACGCACGGAAUAGACAUUCAAGCCUGGUUUUGGAGCGGGUCUUAGAGGCCAUGACAGGGGAGUUUCGGCGCGAACUGCAGGAGGAGAGGGAUGCACUGAUGGUGGCACUGCUCGGAGAAGAAGCUUCCAAUCCUCCCUUCACGCAAAUGGCUUUGGACCGGUUCGGAAACUACAUCGCGCAGAGGGUCAUUGAAGACUGCCAUGGCAGGGAGCAACAAAGAAUUCUCCAUUUGCUGACCGCUCUGGGUCCAAAGCUUCGUCGUGCCGUCAAUGGACGCCACAUUCUACAGGCAGCGCGGAGAAAGUUCGGCUCGCAACUUUCCUUUCAUGCCCUUUCGGACCCGCUGUGA